AUGUCUCCUAGAUGUGUUAUCAAAGUUGACAUCAAGAAAGCUUAUGAUUCAGUAGAAUGGGUGUUUUUGAAGAGUAUGCUUAAGGAACUAGGGUUUCCUGAAAGGUUUACCCACUGGAUUAUGGCUUAUGUGAAGUCUGUAUCUUAUUCUAUCCUUUUGAAUGGGAUUCCUGCCAAACCUUUUGAUGCUAUGAACGGUCUAAGAGCAGAUCAUAGUUCAUUAGAGAAGAUUAUGGAAGCUUUUCAUAAGUUCUCAAGGGCCUAUGGCCUUGAAGCUAGCAAUGAGAAGAGUUGUAUCUAUUUCUCAGGGAUACAUCAGGAUGUGGCUACUCAGCUUGCUGAAGGGAUCCAUAUGCCUAUAGGUCUACUUCCUUUCAAAUAUUUAGGAGUACCAUUGGCAGCAAAAAAACUUUCCUUCUCUCAGUGUAAACCACUGAUUGACAAGAUUACAUCUAGAGCCCAAGGUUGGAUGACGCAUCUACUGUCAUAUGUUGGUAGGCUUCAAUUGGUGGAAACAAUACUUGGCAGCAUGCAAAAUUACUGGGGGCAAAUUUUUCCUCUUCCAAAGAAGCUGAUUAAAGCAGUGGAGAACAUCUAUAGAAAAUUCUUGUGGAUUGGGGGGUUAAAAGCAAAAAAAGCUCCAGUUGCUUGGUCUUUUAUCCAACAGCCUAAGACUACAGGGGGCUUAAAUAUAAUCAACAUGGUACUAUGGAAUAAAGCAGCAUUACUGAAGCAACUUUGGGCUUUAUCUUUUAAGCAAGAUAAGUUGUGGGUGUGUUGGGUUCAUGCAUACUAUGUUAAAAGAGGUGCCAUUGAUAUUGCCGAUGGAUAG